GAGUGCCGGGAGGUCGGAGCAGCAGUAAACGGCUGGCUUUGGAGACCGCAGUACAAGUAUCCGCUGCACUACCGUCAGCAUCACCAACCUCGGCAUCAGGGGCGCCACUCGUGCAGCCAUGACCCUUCUGUGGCUGUUGUGUCUGGUGGGAGCCGUCGCCGGCGGCGUGCCCCCCUCGGACAGGGCCAACUCGCCUUGCGAGCCCGGCUCCGUGUGGACGGCCGACGACGGCUGCAACACCUGCUUCUGCCUGCAGAACGGCGUGGCCGGCUGCACCUACAUAGAUUGCUCGGCCAGGAACCCGCCGGCCGAUACCAGGGCCGCCGGGGUCCGCGGCGGAGAGGCCGGCCUCAAGCCCAUGCCGCUGCCGGAGCCCGAUGAGGUGGUCAAGUCGUUCACCUUCUACGGAGAGGAGGCCCAGGAGCCGGUGCCGCUACCGCUGCCGGAGCCGCAGCCCCGGGGCCCGGUGGCGCCCAGCGGCGACUGGCAGAAGCCGUACCCGAAGCCGACGGAGGAGCGGUCGGACGUGAACUGCACCGCCGGAGAGGAGUGGCAGGAGGAGUGCAACACGUGCCACUGUCUCGGGAACGGCAUGGCCGCCUGCACCAAGGUCAGCUGCUCGUCCGAGGGCCGCGCGCUGGCCACGGCCGUCCGGGGCCGCUGCGAGCCGGGCGUCACCUGGAGCGACGCCUGCAACGUGUGCCACUGCGUCGACGCCAGCCAGGUGAUCUGCAGCUACCGGAGCUGCGCCGGCGCCGCCAGCCGCCGCCGCCGGCAGGCCGACUGCACGCCCGGCACAUCGCGCCAAGUCCAGUGCAACACGUGCCUGUGCCUGCCGAACGGCCGCGAGGCGUGCACGCGCCGCUUCUGUCUGCCGGAGAGCGCGCCGCCGGCCGGCAGUUUCUCGGACACCGGCCGGGCCGCCGACGGGGCCGACGACACCAAAUGUCCGCAGCAGUGUCCGGCCGACUGCGGGAGCUUCCGCGCCGAGAACGGCUGUCUGCGCUGCCAGUGCGACCACGGCGCCUUCCCGGGAGUGCUGCCCGUGCCGGACGCAGAGCGCGCCGGCGCACAGGCGCGCCGCGACCCGCUGGACCACCCCGUGGACCCCGGCUUCGAGGUCCACCAGGUGCCGACCGAGCGGCGCUGGUACGGGUUCGAUAUGGAUAACGUCGACCACGGCUUCGAGGCCCAGCCCGGCUGGAUGCUGGGCGGAAGGUAAAGGGCUGCCUACGAGCAAAGGACUACAACAGGCGUCUGAUGGACAACGAACGGCAGUCGGACAUGAGAUGUGACCAGAUGGCGUCUGGAAUUUCAGAGGCUCAGCAGGACAGCAGGGAUGCUUGUCCGUGGGGUCUUUGCUUUCAGGGUGUCUGUGGAAAAUGCACCAGCUCUCCAAUGUUAUGUAAUUUAUGUUUGACGCUAAUUCUAAUGUCUACAAUUGUACCCGUUUCUUCUAUACUAAAGCACCAUAAAAUGGUACUUCGGUGAACAAUAAAUCCAGGCAUAUCGCACGCAAA